CUAAUCAGUCACCUGACCGAACUUGUGAUGUUUAUCAUUUAUUAGGGAAGGAUCAGCACAUGAAAACUGCAGAUUUAGAAUUGACUUUGCGACAUUUACCCCAACAUCAUAUAGUUGUAUCUAUUUCCAAUAUAAUCUGAUAUAUUUUGCUCAAUAUAAAGUACGGACAAGGCACUUAAAUAUGAGUGGGCCAGGACCUCAUAAUCUGGACAAAGUACCAAACCAGGAGGGAUACUUGAUCCUCAACGAUAGUGGAGCAGUCAUGGCUUCAUCCGGGGACCUGGAGAAUGAUGAAGCUACUGCUGCUAUCAUCAUGAAGAUGAUAAGACUGGCGUCUAAAGUUAACAUAACACCAGACAACUCACAAUCCUUCAAGAGGCUCUCAGUUAUUUUUGAUGACUUCUUGUACAUAGCAACAAUAUCAAGUGACAAAGUUUACAUCAGCAAAAGGAAGAACAUCCCCAAAGAACCAGUUAUGGCAUGAUGGUAUGAUGCCAAACAAAUUGCUAUGGUAACAGUUUGCAAGUAAAGUUUGGAGGAGGGGAUACAAACAAAGGCAUAUAAAGGACUAUGAUGGUAUCCCCUUUACAACAUAUAUUUAUGUAAUCCCUUCUGUGCCACAAUAUCUUGUUGUCAUGAAUAAACUUACAAGUAUAUUAGAUUUACUUUAAAUGGUUUAUUUCAAUUAUCAAUUUGGCAUAGAAUGUUUUCCAUGGACAGGUUUCUGUGUCUGUUCCUGGAAGAAGGAAAGGUAUAAUUUUCUUAUCAUUUAAAGCUUGAAUUCUUGGACAAGAUUUGCCAUUUUAAAGGAGGAGUAAAGAUGUUCAUGUAAGAGUUGUCUGGAUUACAUUAUACUUCCAGAAAAAGUAAUAUUAAUACAGAAUAGAUAUAAUACUGGAUGAUAUUAUUGUUUGUUUAAGCAACUCUUUGCUUAAUUUAUAUAAAUACUGCUCAGCCGGGGCUAGAAGAAUAUCCCAUGAAUUGAUCCUAAGCAUUUUUUCUCUAACAGAAUCAUUCUGCCCAUGGUACGUGUAAUGUAAUUACGAUGUUAAUCUUUUUUCUUAUUUUUUUUCUUUUUUUCUUCUCCUUUUUUCUUUCUUUAUAUGUUGAAUUUUAUACAAUUUUAUAAAAGAAAACAAAAUGAGAAGUUUAGUGACACUUGGUGCAAUAAGUACACUUUGCUUUGGGUAUAUUUCUAUCCUGUUUGUAAAUUAUUUUUUCCCCGUAAUUGUAGUGUUAUGUGUUGCUUGAAAAAAAGAGCACUAUAAAGAUUGGAUUAGUUUAAUAUAGAUCUUUUAUUUUGAAAAUGUGAAUACAUGUAUAAUCAAUUGCAAAGGGAAAUAAAGAUGCAUUCUAUACAGUCAUCGUCAUGUUUACUUAAAUGUACAUGCAUUAUUUACAUUUGGAACCAAUAGCAUUGAUUUUACAAGAAGUAAGAAUUUAAUGUGGAAGAAAAUGUGCAGUGAUGGUUAUGAUCAAAUAAAAUUGUUUUUUUUCUCAAAAAAACAUGAUUCAUCCCUUUAAUUCUACUAGUAAUGACUUAUGUGUAGAUUAGCAGACAUUCCAAAUAUAUACAUGAAUUGUGCCUUGUGUUAUCAAAUAAAGAUCUUUGAUUUAGAAUUUAAAUCCUUUAAAUACUAACUGCCAAGUAACCAUUACAUGUAUAUCAGCUAAUAUAAAUGGAUAUAUGAAGAAAUGAUUGGUUCACUGAAAUCAAGGAACGGCUGUGAAUAAAGGCACACAAAGCAUCUCAUCUUAUACUUGUUUAGCUUCUUUUUAAUUAGCUGAAACCUAUGUAUACACAUUUGACAGACAUAAACUUGAACUCUAUUGACCAUGAUCUUGCUGUUAUUGGGGGUAAAUUUAUGUAUGAAAUUGUUAGACCAUGGAAAUAUGUGGUAUGAACAAUUUUUUUGUUGGUCUUUGUAUUGUAGGAUGUGGAGAGUGAAAUACAAUGUAGUGUACUAGCAUAUAAGAUUUGGAAAAUUGUAUUUGAGAUUUAUUAUCGCGCAAGUACAUGUAUUAAAGUUUUGUAUAAAUACUCAA